UUCGCUGUGUUCGCAAGAAAAAUUUUCAUUGCCUCGGCAAAAAUUCGAAGUGAACGAACGCAAAUAAAUGCUGAAGAAAAUGUGUGAGAAAGCUAAGAAACUGGUGUUUGGGAACUGGAAGGACAACGAAGCCGAUGCAGAAAAGGCUCAGAGUUCGAAGUAUGCGAGUUGGGGCUCCAGCGCUUCUGAUACAAGCGGCCAGUCGAGGUCUUUAAAAUCCUCCAGCUCUGUCUCCGCGACCCACUUCGAUGCGGAAAGGCGCUUCGAAAUACGCCACGGAAUUCGUGGACAGAAACCAAAGUUGAAAGUCCGGAGCCAGAGUUCCAGUGGCCCGCGCUUUUCCAAGUCUACGUCGAAAAAGAGGAGCAUGAGUGAAGGCAGAGGAAAAUUUAAUUUGCGGUCCAGUUCGGAGUCUUCUGAUUCCGGAUCCGACUCGAGUUCCAGCUCGGAAUUGGAUUCGAAAUCCGGCUCGUCAUCCGAUUCGGAAUCCACUACGGGACCAAGUUCUCACGGUAGCGAUAUGGGAGAGAGACCACGAAUGCAAAGCGCUGUUUUUCGCAUUCAUGAUACUUGGCAAUCGGCAAAUUCUUCCAAGUCCGUGAAAACAUAUCGUGAACAUUUUCAAUCAAGAAGCAGAAGCAGCAGUCUACCGCGCGUAAAGCGCGUUUGUCCUUCGAAGCCCCAAAGAGAUCUGACGUACGGGAGUCCGGAACCCAAAAGUCCAGCCAAUCGCGGCCGCAAUUCCUGGAAGAAGAGUCAAUCGAGGAGCAUGAGCUGCAGCCCCAUUCGAAAGGUUUCGGUAAACCGCUCCUUGACCAGAAGCCGCAGUCCCCAUCGGAAUACUUGGUCCCAAAGCAAAAGCCUAAGUCCUCCUACCUGGAAGCUGCCGAUGGAUGAGGGCGUUCAUUAUCGGGAACGCCACAAUAUCACCUUGACCAACUGGGAUGGGCGAGGGCAUCCGGAGCCUGUGCUGAGUUUCGAGCGCAGCGGAUUCAAUGCAACCAUAUUACAGCAACUGGAGGAUCAAGGCUUUGAUGCGCCCACGCCCAUCCAGGCGCAAACUUGGUCGAUUGCCGAGGAGGGCAGAAAUAUUGUGAUGAUUUCUGGAAAGGGCACAGGUAAAACAUUGGGCUAUCUAUUGCCGGGCAUAAUGAACAUUGACAAUCAGCGCGGAUUAAUGCAGCGCAAGAAAGGACCCAUUGUCUUGAUUUUGGUGGACAGCCGUGAUGCUGCUGUGGCGGUCCAAAGAGAGGUAUUGUACUAUACGAAUCCUCUUGAGCUUAGGACGUAUUGCCUCUUGGGCAGCAGUCAAUGGCAAUGCCAUGCCGAAUGCGAUCUGCUGGUGGCCUCUGCUGGUCGCCUGCUGCAAAUGCUAGAUAACAAAAAACAUGUUGUAGAACUGGAACGCUGCACCUAUUUGGUUGUGGACGACAUUGACCGCAUGAUUGACGUGGGCCUAGAGGGUAACAUUUGCCGGCUACUAUGCCGUCUACGUAAACGUGCCCAAUUGGUCGUCACCAGCACCUCGUGGUCAUCAAAUCUGAAGCGGAUGGCCAAGAAGUUUAUGGUCCAAUACACCGCGAUUCUCGUGGGUCAAAUUAACGAUUUAGGCAUGCAAUUGCAGAACAUCCGCCAGCGGGUGGAGGUAGUCAAUGGGCUAUCGAAAAUAGGACGCCUUAUGGAGGAGCUGGCUGCAAUUUACGAUACGAGCGAUGUUCCCGGUAAAGUGGUGAUCUAUGUGAAGCGCCAAAAGGUCGUGGAAGAACUGGUGAACUUGAUACGGAAAUAUGUGCCCUGUGAGGGCAUCCAUAGUGGAUGCACUGCCCAGGAGAGGGAAGGAAUAAUCCGUGAGUUUGGCUCUGGCGCCUACAACAUCAUUGUGGCCACGCAAAUGUCUUCGAUUUACUUGGAUGUACCAGGCAUUCGUUAUGUGAUCAAUUACGAUUUCCCGGACACCAUUGAGAAGUAUGCUCAGCGCUUGAGCAGAUCGGGAUGGCUGACGAGUAACAGUAACUGCGAGGUCAUCAGCUUCUUUACCAAGGCAAACUAUAGGCUCGUGAUGGCCGUGGUCGAUUUUCUCAAGGACUGCAAACAAGAAAUUGGACCGCAUCUUCUCCAGAUCGCUGAAAAAAAUGAGUUUGGUCCCCGUCAACGAAAGCGCCAUCGUCCGCCACGCUACAAUCGCAUGCAAUAGGGUCAAUUUCGAUAUGGCGAUAUAACGAUAUAUAUCAUUGGCAAAAAUUUUGAUGAUUUAACAAUUGUUAAUAUAUAAUGGAUUUAACCCUUUAAAUGUUUAUUGUUUAAACUGGGCCAGUUUAAGCCGUUUUUAUUUUGGGGGCAACUACAAAAUGGGCUAAUGACGCAUGGGAGGGGCAUGGAUGGCACGUCCGCAAAGAAAGUUGUGCAUCCAGAGCUCAGGAGACGUGACGUUAUGCAAGUGAAGAGCAGCAAAGUAAAAUGCAUGGCAGUGCAUCAAUAUUCAAAUACGGUUUCAGUUCAUAAUAAAUCCCUUAUGAUAUUUACAUGUUUAAGAACUACAGCAAUUCACAGAGAAUUUUAAAAAUACAACGUCAGGAUAUUCAAACUUAAUUCGCUUAUUUGCUAUUUAUACUACAAAUCGUUUUCUAUCGUUAUAAUGGUUCAGUAAAUUGUGGAAAUCCGCCUAGAUCUCGAUCCAUAUCGAUUCAUUUGGCUUCUGUCACCGAUUCGCUGGUUCGCCUACCGUCCAAAUUCUGACAUAUAUGGGUCAAUAUUUUAUGUACAGCCAGCCAGCCAACCCCCUUUUGGCCCAUUGAUUGCCAGAGUUAUUUAGUUGUUUGCGCCAAAAGCAAAUGGAAAUGAAUCAAAAUUCAUUAGAGGUGAAUUUAUUGUGUUGGCCAUUUGAUUUCGGUCCCAGUCGAGAUCAAAUUUCUGGCCAAUCGAUCGGCUGGGCUGUUUUCGUUAGCCCGAUUGGGGUGUGAAGGGGUUGUGUGUAUCGCGGCUAUAUCUACAACAGAUAUCACAGGUGGCUCGGCUUGCAGCUGAGUUUUGUUCAGACGGAAAAAAACUAAAAACAUAAAAAAAAAAAAACAAGAGGGCGGUGGACCGUGUCUAAUCCGAUUUUGACUUUAUUAACGGUGCAAUUUGUACCGACAACUGCCAGACGGGAACCAACUGGCAGUCCGAAACUCUUAACUCUUUUAACUUCGAACUCCUGGAGUCUGCAAGCCAAAAGACCCCUAGCGAUUAUUAUUUAUGGCCGCGAGUGUUAACCCCACCACACUCCGCCCCGCCUUCCACAAAUUGUAUGCUAAUCGCUUGGACCCCCGAGACAUUGGCAGCUGCCCCAAGUGGAACUGGACAUGGGGACAUGGAACCUGGGGACCUGGAGUCAGUUGGUGGACCACUCGAUUGUUUUCCUUCGGUUGCUAUGAGUGUGCCUGAUUUAUGGAGUGUCGCUGACUAAUUUGAGAUCUUUCGAGGGGUGUGAGUGCAGCAGUGCAGCAGUGCAGCAGUUGCAGCUUGCAGUUUGCAGUUGCCUGUUGAGUUGAGUUGCGCUGCGUUUCACCCAAACUGCAAAUGACCAUUCUAGGGAUGGCUGAAAAGCGUGACCAGCACAAGCCACAACAAAAUCACUCACGAUCGUAAAUGCACUGUUUCCAAAUUUAGAACCGCAAAGGUCAGCGCUGAGGGGGCGGAGUUGUUGGGAUGGAGUCCGAAAAAGGCAAUCGAUUCAACAAUUGAUCGAUUUCGCUGAGUCAUUGCGGAAAUUUAAGAUUGCGCAAAAGUGUUUCUAGAAAUGGGAGACGUAAUGAAACGGCACGUUGCAAUUGGCUAUAAUUCCAUCCUGGCAGAUCACACAUAUAUACCGAUCUAGAAAAAUUGUCAAAAGAAAUGACAUAUGCAUUUAAUGUUAAGUAUACGACACGUGCUACAAUAAGUGGCCUUUGAAUUUUUUUUGAAUUACAUUAGCUACGUGGUCUUUGUGGUAACUGUUCAUUUGUUUUAUAACUUCUUAACAUCUUCACUUGAUCUGGCCACAAUUUAUGCGUUUUACCUGACCACAAAGAAGACAAACAAUCCGUUGCAACGAUAACGAUAAGCUGUCACGUAUGCCCAUCCACUUGUUUUGUAUCCGGCGGAUCUGCACUUCAAAGGCAAGGCCGCCCAAGCAGUUCACAAGCCACAACCACCCACUCCCCCACAUCCAAAAAAGGGGGGUUCCCACGCACGGGAUGCGUGAGUGAUGGCAACUGUCAACUUCUGUCAGUGCAAAAAACAGAAAAGAAAAUAAUAACCAAAACCAAAACCAAAACAAAACUGAAACACAAAUAUUGUGAAUUGAAAAGCCAAAUAUGAAAAGCAAACACAGUUCGUUGUCGUGUCGGCGACGUCAAUGUGCCAAGACCAAAAGCCUUAAAACUCCAAUAGCCCAAAACCCCGAAGUCGCACCGAGAUCUUGCAGUCACGUUUGCUUAAUAAAAUUAAUAUUUACAUAUGUUCCGUAUUUACACACACACACACACACACACACAACAAAUGCUGCUGCCCCCACCGAAAGUGGACAAAUAGCCAAAUAGACCGGCAUGGUCAGGCAAUUUGCACGAUCCGCGUGCCAUCCGAUCCCCCUCGGAUCACCAAUCUCCUCCAUACCCAUUUCUAUACCCAGCACGCACCAUAAUUCGUCCGUGAUGAUCUCUGUAUACGUUAAAGGCGCUAUCGUGAUCCGUAAUCCGUGAUCCAUUGGAGAAAAUGAGCUGGUCAAUGCGGUAACCGGAUGACUCACUCAUUGCCAAAUGGCGAUAAGGAUCUCUGGCAAAACGGA